AAGUUCUUUCGUAAAAUGUCUGAGCUUCUGUCAGAGGAUCAAAUAGCUGAAUUCAAGGAGGCUUUCUCCCUAUUCGACAAGGAUGGUGAUGGCACCAUUACCACCAAAGAGUUGGGCACAGUUAUGAGGUCUCUUGGACAAAACCCUACUGAAGCUGAACUACAGGACAUGAUCAAUGAAGUUGACGCAGAUGGUAACGGAACGAUAGACUUCCCGGAAUUCCUAUCAAUGAUGGCCAAAAAGAUGCGCGAGACAGAUACAGAGGAAGAAAUCCGUGAGGCCUUCCGUGUAUUCGAUAAAGAUGGCAAUGGUUUUAUCAGUGCUGCUGAACUCCGACACGUCAUGACUAAUCUUGGAGAGAAGCUCACUGAUGAGGAAGUCGAAGAAAUGAUCACGGAAGCUGAUAUUGACGGAGAUGGACAAGUUAAUUAUGAUGGUAUAACAUCUGACCUCACAGAAGAACAAAUUGCAGAAUUCAAGGAGGCUUUCUCCCUGUUCGACAAGGAUGGUGAUGGCACAAUUACUACACAGGAGUUGGGCACAGUUAUGAGGUCUCUUGGACAAAACCCAACAUUGUCCGAACUCAAGGAUAUGAUCAAUGAAGUUGACAUAGACGGAAAUGGGUUGAUCGACUUCCCUGAGUUUUUGACGAUGAUGGCCAGAAAAAUCAGAGAAACAGAUAGCGAAGAAGAGAUUAGAGAAGCCUUCCGAGUAUUCGAUAAAGAUGGCAACGGCUUCAUAAGUGCCGCUGAACUCCGACACGUCAUGACAAGUCUCGGAGAGAAACUCACAGAUGAGGAAGUGGAGGAAAUGAUCAAAGAGGCUGAUACUAAUGGGGAUGGACAAGUGGAUUAUGACGGUAGGUUGGGGAGUAGCCUGGCACUUGGACCACUUUCCGUCCGGUUCCCUAUGGCAGAUCAACUGACCGAAGAACAAAUUGCUGAAUUCAAGGAGGCUUUCUCCCUAUUCGACAAGGAUGGUGAUGGUACCAUUACCACCAAAGAGUUGGGCACAGUUAUGAGGUCUCUUGGACAGAACCCUACUGAAGCUGAACUACAGGACAUGAUCAAUGAAGUUGAUGCAGAUGGUAACGGCACAAUUGAUUUCCCUGAAUUCCUUACCAUGAUGGCCAGAAAAAUGAAGGACACAGACAGUGAAGAGGAAAUCCGUGAAGCCUUCCGUGUAUUCGAUAAGGAUGGCAAUGGUUUUAUCAGCGCUGCUGAACUCCGACACGUCAUGACCAAUCUUGGAGAGAAGCUCACUGAUGAGGAAGUCGAUGAGAUGAUCCGAGAAGCUGACAUUGAUGGUGAUGGACAAGUUAAUUAUGAAGAGUUUGUCAAAAUGAUGACAUCCAAGUAGACACCACCAUUACUGUUACCAAACCUUCAUGCCCUAUAGAGGUUUAUACAAGAUGCACUGCUUUUAAGUUACCAUUCCCUCCCUCCACUCCGAAACCUUUUACCUGUCAAGCCUUGAGUUCAUGAAUUUUCCGAUGUAUAUUAGUCGAAAUAAUAUAGACCCCGUCAUGAGGGCCUCUGUCACCCGAUAGUCAAUUUCUGCACUCAACUUAAAAUCAAAUCAAAAGUUUUGUAUAUAAGAACUUCUUUGGCCAAUUUUGUCAGUAAGUCUCAUAUUUAGAUUGAAUGUUCUUUAACCUAGCUUUGUAAACUUAACCCAUAACAGUACAUAAGCAUGUUAUAAAUGUUCAAUAAGAAAAUGUCCUGUUCAAUAAAAUGAAGUCUUGGGAAUAUUCA